AGUGACGAAACGAAGAAAAUCAGUAGGAGGUACAUGGAGGAAAAGAUGUCAGGUACGUAAUAAUUUAUUGUCCAAUUUAGCGUCCACUUGCCCAUUGUACCCAUAAAAGCUAAUAUCAACGAGUUGUUGUUUUUAGAACGCGUGAUCUGCCAUUUUUGCGAAAUCCCACUGACAGAGGAGCAGACUGCAGUGGAAGCGUUGUGCGGCAAAUGGCAUCCAGACUGUUUUCAGUAAGCUACGCAACUUCUUGCUUUAAGACCCUGCUUACGCGCAGGAAAUUCAUUCUUUGAGCUUGGAUUUUUUGCUGUUUUUGUGGUGUCGUCUGCCCUUUCCUUAACGAAAUCUUUCUGUCUUAGGUGCACGGAGUGCAAAAGAGCUUUGUCAUCCACAUAUUAUGCACGCGGAAAAACACUGUUUUGCAAGAAAGACUACUUGGCGAAAUUUCUAUCGGCCUGUCACGUUUGCGGGCAAAACAUUACUGGACCUGUUAUGGUAUGAAUCUGUUACAUUCUUUGCACGUUUAGUUACUUUCUACGAUUCAAGUUUAACUAUUUAAUUUUAAAGGAAUUACAAUUUUUCGCUCAUUAAUUGUGCUUUUUCUUGCCAUUAUGUGAGCUGUCAUUUUCCAUUCUAUAGAAAUUUUAAAAUAGCGCUUGGAUGGUUAACUGAUUAUACGUAAGGUUAAUGGUUUUUAUAAAGUAUUACCUUUUGUGUAUUGUGAAAAUUACGCCUAUAUCGUGAUAUAAUUUACUAGUUUGGCACUAUCGUAAUAGCUUGAUAACGUGCCAAUACAGGUCCAGAGCGACCAAUUUAUGCGUCGGAAUGUUUUAGGCGAGAGCUAUUUUUGUUCCGCGUUUUUUUCCGACAAAAUUCAAUUACCUAGUUCGUUUGACGUAAAUCAAACAUUAACAUUCAUUAUUAAAAUAGGUUUUUGAGUAACAUUUAUUUUUGUGUUGAUUGUUGAUAUUGUUUUUGUAGAGAAGUUUACUUCAAAUUUGAAUAAGGUUAUUCACAUCAAAAGUGUAUUUGCUCUGAUUAUCAUUAGAGCUCCUUAUUAUUUUGAUUAGCGAGCUUGAGUAUUGACCGUUUCAUUCUUAUGCAAGAUGGUAAGCUUGUAUGCUUUUCUCACGACAGCUAAUGAGGUAAGGUGAUUCUUUCAUCACAACAGGAACACAGACUGUAGGCCGGGGUUCAUUCCAUGAUUUUGUAAAUCCAAUGAACACUACUCGAAUUAAUGCAGCCAUGGUUUGAGAUGUCCAGCCAGCUAACGAUUUUUUCACCUACCUAUGCUUUACAGCGAAUUAACCAGUCCCUGGCCAUACUGUCCUAUAUAAAAAUUUUGAUGGGGCUGUUCAUGUACAUUUGUAAGAUUGGCAUAAUAAUCAGGAUCCAGGAUAGCCUGGGUAGCAGACGCUUGAAAGGGAAGGAAAAGGAAACUAGGGCGCGAGACCACCCAAAUUCCCCCUUCCCCUUCCCCGUUUAACACCUGCCACGUAGGCUAGAUCCAGGACUGCUCUGGCAGAGUCUGGUAGCCCCCGACACCCAACGUUUGCUCUCAGGCGACUAGAAAACUUAGUUUUUUUCAUACAAAUUACAGGUUGGGCACCCUAGAUUUUGCAGGUUCAGAGCAUUGGGCUCCCUUCAAUUUCCCUUAGAGCACAGCCUUGAGGUCACAGAAAAAAACUGGUGUUACUGUGCAUGGGUGGUGCUCUACCUCCUAAGUUGCAGAGAGACUCAAGAAAGCAAGACCGUAAAUAAAAUUAUUUUGUCUUGUUCAUGAUUAUUUUACAUACAAGACAUAGGUCCUUGAUACUGUUAGGAUCGGCUACUUUAAGAACAUAUUGUUUACUUGGUGACGAAAAACAUUAUUAUUAUUAUUAUUAUUAUUAUUAUUAUUAUUAUUAUUACUAUUAUUAUUGUUACAUGUAUAUGUUACAGGUCAAAUUUGAUUUCAGGUUAAUUUUGAUUUAUUAUUAUUAUUAUUAUUAUUAUUAUUACUACUACUACUACUAUUAUUAUUAUUACAUGUAUAUGUUACAGGUCAAAUUUGAUUUCAGGUUAAUUUUGAUUUAGCCUAGGUUAAAUUUUUUAACCUACAACCCCGUUCAAAAAAACUUGGAACAUUUACGAUCUUUUGGGCAUGCACAGUGCAGUCCCCUUGCCCCUGUGCAGUGUUUUUCAAAAGUGCAGUUUGGGAAAGCUUGAGCGAUUUUCAACUUUGUGAAGGGGCAGGCAGAGGCAAUGGAUGGACCAAGUGUUUCUACUAUUUUGUCUGGGAUUGUAGGUCAAUUCUUAAUUUCCUCUAUCUCCUAGACCUAAUUAUUCAUGAAUUAGGAAGGAAAUUUGAGAGUCAACCUAGGUUAAAAAAAUUUAACCUGAAUUUAAUUUUGACCUGUAAUAUAUAUAACAUGGGAUAAAAGAUGCAUCACCCAGUACAGUGGAAUAUUCUUGAUACAACCUUUUUUAGCCAUUAGAUUUAAUAAUGAGGUGCUUACAUUAAUUUUUUAAGUCUAAGCCAAGCUAAUGUGGUCAUAAUAACAAUCUGGUCAUAAAGAAGAUGUGAUCAUGGUUGGGUCUUCUUUAAGUUUAGUUAACAACUGUCUCACUUUGUGAAGGUGGGUGCCUGGGAUGUCCAGGGGCUAGGUUCCACUUUUGGCACAGCCAACCCCGAACCUUCUAGCCGUGAGCCCCCAUGCCAAUGGAACCAGGCACCUGUCAUACUGAUUAUUGGUUGAAAAAUAAAAGGGGGAAGAUUGGGGGUAAAUGCACAGUUCAAAGGCUAAAUGACAAGUGGCCGCCAGGAGCAUGAUGGAGCAUGAUGACACAUGACAGAGCACAUGGAGUUGAUGCAAGCAAGGCUGACUGCGCUUGAGCCACCAACCUGACUACUGAACACAUCAAGAGACAAUGCUCUAUAUAUGUUGUUGACUGCAUUAAUAUCAAUUAACAGUUACUUUAUACUCAAUUAACAUUUUAUUUUUGUCAACCACACUGAAUCAAAAAUGAUGAGAGGAAAUGAAACAAGACUUGUGUCCAAGUCGACGUCAACCCCUUUAACUCACCCAGCCCUUGAAUAAUAAUAAUAUUAUUCAUUAAAUUAUUUAUUGUCCACCUUAUCAAGGGUUACCGCAUCUCUCUCAUUCUCUUCCUUACCUAAAAUUUACCAUCUUUUAAAACAAUGAUUGAAUCCUUAUAUAAAAUUUUAAAGCUUGUACUGGGUAACUCAUUGAACAUUUUUUUUCCAGGUUGUAGCUGAUCUUAAAUUUCACACUGAAUGUUUUUCCUGUGGAAGCUGUGAACAGUUUCUUGGCGAGGAAGACAACUAUGUUCUCCUGGAGAGACACAGACUUGUCUGGUAUGUAAAAAUUGCUUGUAUAUUAUAAUUGUCUGAUUUGGUAGGCUGUACAGGCAUGUACAGUUGUAGAUGAAACUCAGUUACCUGGUGAUUUUGUAGUCCCAGUAGUGUGCAUGCUCCAGUAGCUCCUAGUGGUCCCUGGUACCUUAAUUUAGGAAAAAAAAUUUUUGUUUCAUCUGCUGGGCAACCUGGACUUCACAGACUCAGAGCAUCAGGUUACUUUCAAUUUUUCUUGGAGUACAGCCUUGAUGCUAGUGAAAGUGAAUCCCCAAAAAUGGCGGCAUCCUCCAUUUUUACUGUUAAUACAUGUCCAAAUAAUUAUGCACGUACACAGUGUUUUGAAUAGUCAUUUUUGACUAAUACAGCUGUAAUCAUGACAAUAUAUCCUUCACUCUUAACUAACAUCAAGAUAUCAUAAAUGACCCUUUCAAUUUUAUAUAAUAUUAUUAUAUUUAGCAAAUAGUGGCAAGCUAGCUCAGGAUGAAGAGCACCAGAUUGCCUAUAUUAAGGGUUUCAACAUUCAAAUCCCAACAUGAGACAAACUAUCAGAGGGUGUUCAAACAACUUGUAAUUUUAUCAUGCUGGCUUUGAAGCCCAGCUUUUGCCUGCGCAAGUGAUCACGUCUUUGAACUAUCCUUGUGUCCGUCUUUUCUUGCAAUUAUCCAUUGAAAGGAGAUCCUUUUAGCCUUUCUAUAAGAACUGGAGAUAUACAUGUACAUGCACAUGCAGUCCUUGAUGGUGAAUCUGUCUUUGAUUUCACGUCGCCUAACAUCACUUGACUUCAGAAUAUUAACAGUGAGACAGCUAGGCUGAGACAAUCACCCAGAGACUUUGUGACUUCUGAUCACACUGGGAACACUUAAUGUAGAUGGGCAUGAGUGCAGUAAUUUUUUUUUAUGUUCUCCUCUCCAUGUAAUGACCUCUUUGAACAAUUUAGUCUUAAUUACCAUAAUUUGCAAGAGCUGGGCGGGGCGCAAUAGUGUUGUAUUUUGAUCUUUGAUUGGAUCUCAAGUUAACCACACUCAGUAGCUGCGCUACAAACAUCCACAUGUGUACAUAAACACACAGAAUUUAUAGCUACUAACUAUUACUGCUGAUAGUAAGAGAACUGUAAUAAUGAUAUUAUCUAUAAGAAUAGUCAUUGUCAACACUACUACUGUUAUAAAAAUAUUCUCCCCAUAAGUAGCUGUAGAACCAAUCUCAAAGGUCCAAUCUUGCUAAUAUAUAAUAUUGUUAUUGCUUAUAUUGAGUUCCUGAAAGUGAAUGUUUAAUAACAAUCUAUUUUUUGAUUCUCAAAUAUAGUUUCAUGUGUUAUGAAAAGGAAGUGGAACAACCUUCUUGGAGUUCAUCUUUGCAAGCUUUUCAUCACGUACAUCUAACAGAAUCCGAAGCUCUGAAACAGACAUUUGAAAUAGAAAUUGUCAAAAGCCAGAGAAGGAGACCAUCACUGCCAGAGAAAGAUUCACAUUUAUCCAUUAUUGUCAAAGGGUAAGCCUGAAUUUGCGGCAUUGUUAUUGAGGUUAAAUGACCUUCGCUGACAAUGGAGGUAUUAGUACGUUAUUAUGUGUCAAUUAACCUUCUCUAGCGAAACCUCACAAAUUUCAAAGGGACAGUAAUGGUUUUUGAGUACAACAAUAGCAUUACAUGCUUAAAUUAUGACACAGAUCCUCCACCCACUGUACGUGUUGACUUAAAAUGAAAGGUCACCCGUGGCGAUAUUUUGAUAUGGUACUGUUUAUUGUUUGGUGAUACACACAGUGCAUGAAACGUGAGUUUCUUUGCCGGAUGCGUUCUUUUGGUUAAUAGAUUGAUUUCAGUUUACAAACUAAAAACGUCCUCAGCAAAGAUGGAAGUUUUAGUUUGUUCUUACUGAAGCCAGUUCAUUUAUCACUGCUGGUAUUGUACCCAUGUUUACAAAAAAAAAUUGCAUUUUAUUUGCAAGUUGAAAAUCAAGAGCACAUAAUCAAAACUAAGGUUAGUUGAUCUAAACUUGGUGAUAAUAUUGCUGGGACUUAUGGGGCAGAGAGAAUACAUAUAUUUAAGAUGUUUGAAAAGUUUCCCUUGCCUAAUGAAAAAAGGAACUGGCUUGGCAGCACUACAAGUGGCUUGUGUUGUAGUUCUGGAAGCUAGGACAUGUUGCUAUGAAAAGAGCGAUGAAAUUGGAGGAUCUGCAAGUUUAUUGUUACUUGGUACAUCUUUUGAGUUCAAGUCUUUAUGAGACAAACAAAGUAGCAAAGCAAAGAUAACCCAGCAGUAUGUUGCAACCUCAAAUACGAGUAAAGACAAGAACUGACUCUGUGCGACUUGCUGAAGUGGCUAACGAAUUUGUCAGUCGAAAUGAUGCCCCACCGAUCCAAAAUGUGCUCCGGGGUCCCUGAAAAUGAUAAUUUCUAGAAAUGUCCAUUAUUUGUUUUAUUAGCCAAUAGAUAAAAUUAUUAAAGCAAGGCAUUGUCAUUUUGCAAUCAAAGAAAAACCUAUUAAGAUGGAAAAAAGCAUUGUCAGUUCCAAUUCAUUCAGCAGCCCAGUUUCUGUUGCCCUGAGUUAUGGGAAAUCAUUAUUUUGUCAGCAAUCUCUUUUUCAGCUGAGAAUUAUGCACUAGGUGUUCGCUAAACCAACCAUAAGCUGCAGACAUUUUAGUCUGUUUGCUAAAAUAAUCAAUUUAAUUCUUGUUAUAUUCUUGUUUGUUUGUUGUUUUAGUUGUGCUCAAGCAUAACCAUUUUAAGCUCAAAUGAGAAUCACACUAAAUGAGCACUCUUUUACUAUGUUACCAUAAAAUUCCGAAAAUAUGCCCCGGGGCUUAUAUUUUUCAAAGGCCUCUUUUGAGGGGCUUAUAUUCAGAGGGCUUAUCUACGGAGGGAAACGUGCGUUUCAAAAUUGAUUUGGCUAGCCUUGUAGUUGGAAGUAAAUUUAUCGUUUUUGCUUAAUGUUUUACUUUGUUUUUGAGGGGCGAUUUAACGGAGGGUUUUUUGGGUUACCGGUUUAGGGGGUUAUAUUUGGAGGGGCUUAUAUAUGGAGGGGCUUAUUUUCAGAAUUUUACAGUAUCUCCAGUCGGGCUUUGAUCCCCAAUGAAGUUUUUAUUUUUUUUCUUAUUUUUGCUCCUGCAAUUACAAGGUACCAUUCCUCGUCAAAACAUCAAAGUGGUGACAUGCCCAUCAUCAGGGCAGGUGAUCUAGUAUUGGAGGUCAACAGAGUUGUUGUAUCACCCAACACCAUUGAUAAGGUAAGUUGAAGAAUGAAGCUCAACCUCUGCAUUAAAAAAAAAACACUUCCCAAAUUAGGCUCCAGUUGUUCAAAAAGUGGAUAGCGCUAUCCACUGGAUAAAUCGCUAUUCAGUGGAUAAGCAUCUGGGAAUUACUUGGUUUGUUUUCCACUGGAAAGUAAUUUUUGAUAUCCAAAUAUAAUAUUACACAUGUACACCCUCCCUAAACUGAAAUCUGUUGAAUUCAUAACAUCCACUAGUGCUAGAAGUAGAAGGAUCGGUCUAUCGAUGACACGAUAUGUAACACAACCAUAGCUUCAGUUAACUGGACACGACUUUCUCUGCAUGCUGUGAAUUUGAAAGCAGAAGGUGUUGAGAAGUACAGUGUUCAGAGCAGAAGGUACAAAGGGAUGAAAAAUAGUAUUGUAUUGUGAAAGUUCUCCUGUGCUAAGGUACUAUCCAAAAUAAUAGUUUUUUAAAACCUAGUUUAGGCUCUAAACUAAAAAGGUUAGAAUUAAUGACUCAAGGAUCAACUCUGUGUGGUAGAGUCUAAAAAUAUUGCUCAUAACAAGCUCUGUGUUCAUUGUAAUGCAUUAUUGUUUCAUCUAAGGUUGCUGCUAUUUUGACAUCUCGACCAGAAGAGAUUACACAAAUCACAAUAGAAAGAAAUGCCAGUGGACUCCAAGUUAAACCAAACCUGAGGACAGCCAGUGUAAGCUCCGACAGUGAACCUGAGUCUUCAUCUGACAACAAAAGCUUUCGUCAUAGGUCAGUUUCUCUGGGGUUUACACGAAGGCGUUUGCGUCGUACUGGUAAAUCAACACCAACCACGUAUCACAAUAACACCGUGCAGAAUGGUGAAACAAACGUAGAUGACAAUGGAAAUAUUAAGAAGACAAAGCCUGCUAUGAGAUCAAACUCACUUCCCCGAAGGUAGGCAAAAUAGUAUUAUACAGGUAAAAUAAAAAAUUUGAUAUUGUCAAGUCGUUCUGUCCCUUAAGGUGUAUGUUUUCUGCAGACUCUACAAUCAAGUAAGCCUUUGUAAUAUAGCUUAAGGAAGCCUAUUAAUAUAAGCUCCCUGCAGCUUCUUUAGGCUUUCUUUUCACAACAACUUAAUUUUUAAUUAAUGCCUCUUGUAACAUUUUAUUUUUAUGUAAUGUGAGUGACUGUAAAACAAAUAAAUGAAAUGAAAGGAAAGUCAUCGACACUCAUUGUGACAACAUGUUUUGCUCAGCAAAUGGCUUGUGAUGUUGCAGCCUGUUGGAUGAGUGAGUUAUCUCUUAAGUAUUGUUUCAUAUAACAAUAUAUACUUGGUCUUUGUUUGAGACAACAUAGUUGAGGUACAUUUUACCUUAAGAUGACUUAGUGAAUUUAGGUUCCCUGUUGAUUAGAGAAUCUUUGAAAAACACUUUAAAAUAAGGAUAUUAAGCAAUCAAGUCAUGAUGUUUUAAUAACUGCAUGAAGUCAGCAUCAAAUAUGAAGGAAGAGUAUUAAUUAUUUUUUAUGUUAAUGUUGUAUUGUACAAUAUACUAAAACUGGUUACUUAGUAGACACAUAAUGUUGGGGUGAACAGUGUUUAGGUGUGACAUGUGGCUGUUGAGCCUUUCAUGGGUGAAGCAGUCAAAUAUAGAUGCAUGUUGAAAAAAUAUCAACAGUUAACCAUUACAUGUAUGUUAAUCAUAAACAUGAAAUGGUUCUGUUGGGUUAUAAACAUAAACUGAGAAGAUGUAUUCCUCAUGAAAAUACAAAGGAACACGUCAUUAGUUUUUGCAUCAUUUUGUGUUUGCAUGCAUUUCUAUAUUGUUUUGGUUGAUACCAUGAUAAUAAUGUAGCUGCAACAAAAUGGAUUAUUGAAAGGUAACAUUACUGAUAUUUGGUUGUUUUGAUUUGGUUAUAUAGUAAUUCCUGCUCCGAGACCCUCAAAACACGGUCAUUGAUCCAUCGAGCACAGUCCUUCAAGGUGGAGCCUGUUACAGACAGGUAUGAAAGUCCAUUUAAAAUCCACGUACAGAACAACCUUUUUUUGAGACAUCUCUAUUCAAGGGACACCUCCAUUCGGGGGACACAAAAUUUGGUCCUGAAAUAGCCUGCAUAGUUGGUGGGAUUGUUGUGUGCGGGGUAAUUUCUUGGCGGCUUUGCCGCUAUGCCAAGUGAGUGGCAAUGCCACGAGGGAUUUUUGCAAGUGAUUUGACUAGCUCCCAAUCUUCACAUGGCUCCGCCGCCAAAAACUACAACACUCACCCCCCUAAUCCUGCCAGCUAUGCAGGCUAGUCCCAAAAAAAUGUUCACAUGGUCUUUUCAUCUGUUACCUCUGUUUUAUAAAAGGCAAACUUUUUUAUUCUAUCUCCUAUUUAGAGUGUUCAGACCAUGUGAUCUAAUCAUAGGAGAAGUGCUUGGACGAGGAUUUUUUGGACAAGUCAGAAAGGUACCGUACUAACAAUGCAUUGGGCUUGUUACCAACCCUGUUACCAACCACUUUCUUUUUCCAGUUAUUAGUUUAAGAGCCUUGCCAAACUGUUAAGCUAGGAAAUAGGUGGAAAUUAGUGACAGAAUCUAGGGAAACUUUGAGUCUUGGAUUUAUUAACCAAAUAUUUAUUUAUUUAUAUAUUUUCUAGCGUGCGUAGCUGGUGGUUUUAUUGGAGUGUGGUGAAAGAAACUUUUUGUUUUCUUUUCUCAGGUUACUCACAAAGAGACAGGAGAGGUUAUGGUUUUAAAGGAAAUUCUUCGUUAUGAUGAGGAAACCAGCUCAGGUUUCUUGAAAGAGGUAAUAAUAAACAGCAAGUUUUAAAACAGAUUGGGUUUUCUAGAUUUAAAAAUCUCCCUUAAGAAUCGUUUAUAGGAUUAAGACUAAAUUUGUAUACAUUGAAAUUUACCGGUAACACUUAAUCUUAACACUGACAUCGAAUCAUUUUUCCAGGUAGCAUUACUAAAAAGCUUGGAUCACCCUAAUGUGUUGAGAUUCAUUGGAAUAUUAUACAGAGACAAGAUACUUAACUUAAUUACUGGUAAGUCAUGGUUGUCCGAUUCUAAGACUGUUUAAAGUCACUUACUGAAAAAACUCUUGUCUACAUGUACUGAUUUACCUGAGAAUCAAGCUUGAGUUGUGGUGUAUACGGUGUACUCCUCAAUAAGCGUUAAUCGCCACAACUGAGUUGACCUGGCUGGGCUAGCUAAAGUGUUAUAUGGAAAAAAGUUGGCCCGUCUGGGUGGGUGACCCGGCUAGGUGGGUAACCUGGCUGGGUGGGUGACCCAGCUGGGUGGGUGACCUGGCUGGGUGGGCGACCCGGCCGGGUGGGUGAUCCAGCUAGGCAGGUCACCCUCCUAGCCAAGCCAAUUUUUUGUUUCUCAUGUGAACGAUUUGCUAAGUCUGAUAAGGAAUUUAGGAAAUGCUGGUUCGCCUAGGGUAGAUUUCUACCUGUGACAAGUUUUCUCCAUAUAAACGGGGCCAAAGGGUAGUAUUGAUGAUUUUAAGAUCUCAGUGAUGCAGUUGACACCCUGGGUCAGAAUUUACAAACCUUCAUUUCUUUUUUAUCUGCGUUGUGUAAUAUUAAUGAACUGUGUUCUUUCAGUAUUUUGUAACGUCUCCAGGUUAAUGAAUCUUGAAAUUUCUUUCUGUGCAGAGUAUAUCUCAGGAGGGACGCUGCGGCAAAUCUUGAAGAAUAAGGUGAGAUAACAGAUAAGAGCAAGAUAAACAAACUUUUCACGGGGAAAAACACAAAACUCCUACGAAACCGAGAGUACAAAAAACUGGGAUUCUACGCUUUCGCAAGACAAGCAAAAUGAGCUCAAAUUUCAUUUUAUUUUUGUUGUAUUGUUUGUGCAGGGUAAAGAGUUAUCUUGGUUACAGAGAAUAAAGUUUGCAAAAGACAUUGCAGCUGGAAUGGUGAGGAGAUAUAGUUUGCAUUUUAAUCCUCCUUUCAUUCUUAGGCCCAGUUCAGACGUCGUGCUUCUGCCGUGCCGAACUUAAUUCAGGAAUUAAGUUCGACAAAAGCACGGCAGAAGCACGGCGUCUGAAUCAAACUUUUGAAUUAAGUUCGGCUAGCAAUUAAGUUCGACAAGCGCUGCCGUGCUACACGGCUCUGGCACGGCAGCGAUUCAAACGUCGUGCUUAUGCCGCGCUAAACAAAAUUCAUAAAUUUGGCGAGAUUGCGUUUCCACGGGGAGUUGGGAGAAGAACUGUUACCAGGCAUCAUUAAAUCCUGAAUCUGGUUCGACUCUGGCACGACGUCUGAAUCAAAGUUGUUUUCCUGCCGUGCUACAGUCGAACCAAAUUACAAUUAAGUUCGGCACGGCAGAGAAUGGACGUCUGAACUGGGCCUAAGGCUGUGUUCACACUAUAUCAGAUAGUUUUUGCACCGUUACAGAAACCAUACCGGAUAGAGCUUCUGUUCACACAUAGAGCAAUUUUCAAUUGAGUGUUGAAAGUAAUCCAGGAUUGAAUUGGUUUUGCUUUACUGUGCUGUUUGAUUGGUCAAGAAAACUCGCGCCGCCCUCUCAGCCAAUCAGAUGUAAACUAAAACCAAUCGCUCCUUCGUCACUCGCGUUUUCCCGCGCUACAGGCCGGUUACACGCGUUUACUUCGAGUUGCCAUUGGCUCCCUCUGAUAAUUUCCUUUACUCUGAUUGGCCGUUGUGAUUACUUUGGUUUUGGUUUUCGACACUCAAUUGAAAAGCGCUCUAAGAACAGUGAUUUCGGCUCGGUUUCUAUAACGGAGCGAAGCUACACCGCGUCGAUCGUAAAUAUUGGAUAGGUUCUGUGCCACUUUUUGUCGUAGUGUGAACACCUUACAGGUAUUCGGAUCGUAUCGGAAGUAAACGAGUAGAAGCGCGAGGAGUGGAGCCCUAAUACUUUAAUUAUCCUCUCCCCUUAUGGGGCUUUUUAGGGAUAAUGAAACAAAUAAUGUAAAUGGAAUAUAACAUGGUUCAAAAUCCCAAAUAAUAAAAGGCGAAGCAGUUGCUUAAGCGUGGCUGAGGAUUUGAACUCGGGGCUACCAAGAACAAAUCCAGUUAGAGGUCAGGGCGGGACUUGAAUUCGGGGCCUCCGAAUUACAAGUCCAGCACUCUAACCACUCAGCCAUACUGCCUCCCUCUCCGAUGCAUUAGGGAGCUUAAGCAACUACGACGACUAUGACUACUAAAACGUCACUUAUAAAGUGACUUCGCGCUGCCUCAAACUUAAUCGCUCUUAUUCCAUUUCGUUUAAUUCGUCAAAUGUUGGCAAAUUUAUUUGGAGCUGAAUUCUAAAGGAUUGUAUCAAAGUUCAGGAAAAGAAAAAGAAAGUCGUUGUCCCGUGUUCCCGUCCUCGACAAAACAUGAAAUUAGGCACUUUCACGUCAUAGUCUAGACUUUCUCAAAGUCCCUCGCUUCUCAUUUCUGGGUGCGGUAGUUGGCCUCACUCUCGUUCGCUUCUGCCGCAGAAAACAUAAAAAGUCUACCGCGCGCGCUUCGCGCUCGUGAAAAAAUUUGAACUCGACUUGUAGGCAAGUCUAGUCGUAGUCGUGCAACGACGGCUAAGUUGCCGUCCAUACUGUCCCGGAUAGCUUAGUCAUGUCGGCAUGAAAAGCCUGACUUCAAAUAUUGUUACCCGUUUUUCUUUGUUCAAGUAAGAUUUAAUUUUUCGUCAUAGGUUUAAAUAACAAUUUUUUAAGCAAUCAUUGCUAUGAUUUUUCCAGGCUUACCUCCACUCAAUGAAUGUAAUGCACAGAGAUCUUAACUCUAAGAACUGCCUGCUUGCAACAGACAAGGUAACAAGCCUUAUCAGUUUGUACUUUUUUUCAAUCUUAAUUCCAAGGGUCCUUUUUAGUCCAUAAAACUUCUUCGUUUACUCUUCAUGUAGGAUUCAGGAGAAAUGUCGGUUGUCGUGGCAGAUUUUGGUUUGGCUCGUGUGGUAAGGGACAGUCCAGGCUCGCCUAACAACCUCAUUUCAUCAACAUUACCACCUUCAGUUGGACGCAGGUUACUUCCGGUUCCAGGAAAUAAACCGCCUCCACCGAAAAAGAGGUAACUGCUGCAAUUCGCAAAUGUCUGAUUAGAUGAUCAGUAAAAAAAUGGAAAAAUCAGAAGUUGGGGAAAGAAUUACCGAUUUUCCUUUCGCUUGGUAAAAUAAAAUUCUGGCGGGAAGGGCGAAACGAAAAGAGAAACAGAAAUAAAAUGGAGCGAUUAAGUGGAAACAAUUUGUCAACGACUAUAGCGAAACUGUUGAUCGUUGUGACGACGACCAUUUUGUUCUUCUUUAAAGCUUGUGGAUGAUCUUUUUUUUUGGCGAGCAUAACGAUAAUCUGCAAACCAGGCUUUCAAACAAAAAAAUGGUUGGACAACUUUCAAUGAUACUGGCCGUGAAAUCAAAGUUAGCUGAGCUUGGUCAUAGCGAUUGUUUUACCAUUUGUUGGCGUCUACUUAACGGUGAUGUGUGUUCCUCAUACCCAGGUCUCCAGGAAGGGGGAUGGGGUGGUGGGGGGUGGGGGGGUCGCUUACUAGAGUGUCAAUUAAUUUUGAUCUUCUCAAGAAGAUAAGUCAUCCAUGAGUAUGUCACGAAAGGCCCUCUCAGAGAGCGUUUAUGGUAGCUCAUAUGCAGUUUAAGGGAGCUUCUUAGGGAUGAUUUUGUCUGUGCUUUAAGUUCUAAGGAAGCCUAUUGGGCUAAUACUAAUUGAGUAAUGAAAUAUUUUGACAGAUAUACAGUUGUUGGAAACCCGUAUUGGAUGGCUCCAGAGAUGUUGAGGGGUAUGGUUAUUUAUAUCCGUUGGUCUAUGUGUAUUAGUUCUAUUCAGAUUUCGUCUUUGAUAAUUAAGUGCCGAGUGGUUACUCGAGUGCUUGGCGUACCGUACUCAACAGUUGUGUUUUUACUAUUUUUGCUGCAUGGAACAUCCAACCCUGACUUAUUUUACGCACAGCAGUAGAUCCCCUAUGGAAUUCUGCGAGACAGUUAAAACGCAAAAUCCAGAAUGUCCUCGCUAAUUGUCUUUUGAUUGUUUAUUCUUUGAAAUUUAGGAUUGACCUAUAACGAGAAAGUCGACGUGUUCUCGUUUGGAAUUACAAUGUGCGAGGUAAAGUUUUCAUUCUUUUCUUAGGUACAUAUAUUUUUUUGGUGUACAGUUAACAAGUUGAACAUUGUGACAGUGUUUCUGUUCUUGUUAAUCCUUUAAGCCCCCCAAUGUCCACAUACAAAUUCUCCAAACUAGUCUCCAUACAGUUCCAUACAGAAAAGUUAGAGAGAAGUUGAUCAAAGAUCAAAGCCUUUUUCUUUUGGGAUCGUUUUAUCAGUUCUCCUAACCUUUUCUCUUGAUUUUGUUGUUAUAUUGUUACGAGAAAAUUGAUGUUCGGCACCUUUGAGACCUAAAAGGCUGGUUAUUUAAACGAAGUGCAACUUAAGCCGCUGUUUAACAAAUCUUUGAACCCCCAGAUCUCUUCCUUAGUGGGUUAUUUUAAGAAGAUAAAUGCUUUUCUAGUCUGCUCUAUAAUAAUUUCAUAAAGCUGUCGACAAUAAAAGGUGUUUAGAUUAAAACUUUGGGCAAAUUGAAAAUGGCUUAGAACGCGGUUUUGUUAAACACUGACUAAACCACGUUUAAAUAACUGGCCCAAAGGGUUUAGUGUAAACAGUGUUACAUGUCUCCUCCACCCUAGUCUCCUUCGCAGCCGUUAUUAGGGUCGUCACUCGUCACGCAACGCUCCUCGGAGCGUUGCGUGACGAGUGACGACCCUAAUAACGGCUGCAAAGGAGACUACCUCCACCCUGAUCGGGAUUUUAAGCUACCAGGGAGCUUAAGCAUUCACGAAGACGACAACGAUGACAACAAGAACAUAAAACAAUUUUUUUGAGUAAAGCAACAGCUCUGAACGUGCAUCACUCUUUCUGGUAAAUUUCUUCAACGUCCACUGCACGACUGCAACGUGAAACUUUUUAAUGCGAAGCGUUGAACACACAACGGCGAAUUUCUCUUUCUCUUUUUAUACUUGGAUACAGAGCUUAAAAAUUCGACUCCUGGAAAAUUCGCCUACAUGUUACAAAGUGAGUGAGCCUAAAAAGACCUUGCUUGGCGCGAGGACGUUUUCACUGCCGUUGUCGAUGUAAUACCACUGUAAUAACACCUAGUUGUCUCUUCCAGAUUAUCGGACGCGUAAAGGCUGAUCCGGACUACAUGCCUCGUACGAAGGUAGGUCUGGUCUUUUGAUUUGUAAACAUGCAGAGCGCACCAAGGUACCGCUGUAUGAACAAACGCAAACGCAGGUUGUUUUCUGUUUUUUCGAGAAUUAGAGUUCCAGAAAAAACUUUUCGUCGUUACCCGAGAUCAGGCUCUAAUUCGGACCCCACUUAAACAAGACAUUCCAUAUGAAAAGUUUAUUUGAAAAAUUCAUCUGAUGAGCUGUAUCCUUAAAACAUGAGUUAGCGGUGUAUUUGCAAAAUACUAACAUAGGGACGAGACUAGGAUGUGUUCUGCAGAUGCGAAAAGUCACUAAAGAACAUUCUUUAAAAAUUGCUUAAAAAAAUAUGUCAAAACGUUUUCCUCAAGUAAGGCAGUGGAACGAAGUACAAGAAAAAAGUUGAAGGUCUGAAUAUCUAAGCGAAAUGAAUAACAUAUGACCGAAAAAGAAAUUGAGGCAAACUAAUCAUAGGGUACGAUGUAAUAACGACUUGAUGCAGCUCGCAUUGUGACUUCAACAUUUAACACUUGAUAGACGUUCACUUUCAAUUGUUGUUACUGUAACAUAAUGUUUUCUCAUUUCUCUUCUGUUGUCAGGAUUUCGGAUUGGAUGAGAAAACGUUCUACCAAGAGUUUUGUGAGAGCUGUCCGGUGCUGUUUUACAAGAUAGCUUUUCUCUGUUGUAACGUGGACCCCGAUAAAAGGUAACGCCUUGUCCGCUUUGUCUUAAUUGCAGUUCGUUUGUUUAGACUAACAGUAUUUUGCAAAACGAAAUGUUGGUUUUUUCCUUUAAAUUUGACUUUGAGCCUCCUCGCUAUGAGGAGGUUAACUGAGACUUCACUGAGCUGAUAAUUCUUUCUGUUUAUCAAACAGACCAGAGUUUUGGGAGACGGAGAAAUGGCUGGAAUCGCUCGCACUUCACCUGGAAGUUGGUCUACCACUGCCGUCGGGAAUGCAAUUCACGUUAUUACCCUCGACACUCAUGAGAAAGAUCAGUGAAUCAAGUGAUUGCAAUGAGGAGACGGACGUAUAAGGAUGCAUGAGCUGUGGCAGUCAUGUUGGAAUAUGCCAUGUUGAUCGGUCCGACUUUUGCACGAAUCCGUUCGCGCACUACUAAGCCGGAAUGCCGAAUAGUGUCUGAAGUAGACCGCAUCGGUAAACCCGCCUUGACCUAACGGGUCCUAGCUCACAGGAGAACCCCUGAAUCUCCAUUAAAUCUGACACCGACUUAGCUGGCAGAAGACGGCACAACGGCUAACUUUACAAUAUGGGAGUCUGGGUACUAGGCAAAACAGCUCCUUGUUUCCGGGCUGCCCAGCGUUUUGGCCGUGAUAGGAGUUGCCCAAAAAAGAAUUCAGCACCACUCUGGUAAUAUUCUUGAAAUUAUAAACGCCGAAGCUGGGGAUUUAUUUUCGCUGCUGGGGUCAGCUUGGAAUAGAGAAUCACUGUACAGAAAUGCACGAAAACGCACAAUUAGAGUCUCUACACACAAAGACUUGAUAACUGUUUUAUUUUUUUUACCCAUGAGAUUGAAAUUAAUGCGAAUAACCCCUACUAUAAAGUGAGUAAUAUGGUUAGAAUAGAGACUGCUUCUCAUCUUCUCUCUACACGCUAUCUCAAUCAACGAUGUUAAUAUAUUUAAUAUCAUUCAAACACUUGCCCUCUGCAAACACACCGUAAUAAACCUUCUUGAGUGACAUGCAAUAAGCCUUUUUCAAUAUGUGUUUUAAAAAGAUGACUUUCCUCUUGUGGCUUGUGAUGAAUUGAGCGUUUCAGGCCUUUGGUCUUAGACGCAAAAGGCUCUCUUUUUGAUGGCACCUUAAAUUGUUACCGCAGAACACGUAACACGGCGAAACGAGCAAUCAACGUAAGGGGAUAAAUCGCAUCUAAACUGCGGUCAAAAAGUAAUUUGGACGUCUUAUGGUCGAAUUUAGAUGCACCUUCAAUAACCAUUUGGAUGCAAGUUGAUUUACCUAUAACUUUGUCCCUACUACUGCUAUUACAAAUGAAGUCGGGCAAGAAAAGGAAUCUUCUGCGGUUUUCAGUACUGGCCCUACCACUAGGCUCGGAGUAUAUUAGGGCCAGUCAAAGCAAAAGCCGAUUGCUCAAGGGCCAAUGUCAGAAACAAGUCUAUUCGAGCGAAACAGAAAAAAGAGGCGAAUCAAUUGUUCGAAGUAUUGAAGUCUAGACAACUGUGAAACGUCACCAGUUAAUUGUCAAAGCGGGACUUGCACACCGCACUCGUCAUGGGUGGAUUACAAGUGCGCUAUGCUAACUCGUUCCCAUUCCCCUCUACCCCUUUCCCUUUCCUUUUGCACCGCUGUCAGAGUGAUAUGAGCGUCCUCAUUCCCAAAACCCUAGUGAUAUGGGCAUCCCUAACCCUAACCCUAACCCAAAUCGCAAAGGUAAUAUGAGAAGGGGAUGCCCAUAUCACUAGGGUUUUGGGAAUGGGGAUAUUCAUAUCACUGUGACACAGCCCUGCAGGCCACUUAAAACUUGCCCAUUCUAUCUGGUCAUACUAUACCUCCCCAGUUCCAAGAAACUUAUCAGUGAUUUCCUUCUCUUUGUGUUUAUUACAUUUUCCGUUGGAACGUGAUGAAAUAAGUCGUGAACAACUCCCAUAUUUUCACAUUAGGGCCAUUUAUACGAGGAAAAAUAAGACGCAAACUGUACCAUUUAUACGAGCAUGUCUUAUCUAAUAAGACGUGUCUUAGCUAAGCCGCGUCUUAUUUGAGACGAAAUGUGCCGUUUGUACGGAAAAUUCGCGUCUUAUUUUAGACGCAUCUUAUGUAAGACGCGUCUUAUUUUUCCUCGUAUAAAUGGCCCUAUUGAUUUAAUGCUGGAGGCAAAACGUUGCGUGCAGGGAUUAUGAUAGAGAGAUUUAGAUUCACGUUCACGGCUAACGGUAAUCGUUAGAUUCAGGUUGGCCACUUCUCAAAUUAGAAAAUGAUCACAUAAAAACUGUCAAAAAUAAUUAUUAUGGAUGAAACCAGCAUGAAACUUUUACUUGAACACAAUAAACAUCAAACGAAAAAAAAGGGAAACUUGGCCACAUGGUACAAAUUGACGUUUGCCGUUUUCUGUAAAGAUGAUUCUAAAUUAAUCUCUUAUUAGUUAGUUUUUCUGUAAAGGGUCUUUAAAAGUUAUUUUUACUUUGAUUAAUUUUUACCAUAAUUCAUGUGUCAGUUCGUCACGCUUGUGCACGCUAUUAAAUUGACACUUUCAAUUGACAAUUGACACUUUCCCCGUGGCGGGAGGCCCGUCAUGUUCAGUUUUUGGAACGGAUUUUUCGAGCUUGAAGAAACAGGUGAGCUGUAAAUAAUUCUCUGAAAUUUGUUCUUGAUAUUAUAAACUUAAACGGCCAAAAACUCUUCAAGCAGCUCAAGUAUGAAUUUACAGCACAGUUGUUACACCCUUUCCUCUUUUGCUUGCUGAAUGUAGCAAACAGUAGACAAGCAGAUUAUUAAAAAAUAAUUAAAUUCCUGAGAAAUGUUUUAUCACGCCGGUAGUUUCUACCUUUUCAGUACGGAAAGGAGAAAGAGUUUUGUGAAAAAAGAGUUUUGCGACUUCUCUCAAGCAUUGUGAUUGGCCCAUCCCCAUUGCUCUUGCCAAAAGCUUCCAUCCAGAUGUUUAAGAAAUGCUGUCGAUCUAUAUUCUUGAAAUUAUGUGACAAAAUAUUUCGUGACGAAAUGUAGAAAAGUCUCCCAUAUCGUACAAUAUUAUUUCGACCUUAUGAGAUUGAAAAAGCGCAUGAAGUUUUUCAGCUUCUUAUUAAAGAGAUUACCGGCACCUGCUUUCUUUUGACGGCUAUUAAUAAACAAUACUAACAAUAUCAUUAACGGUUCUCCUAACUGACUGUGUUUAAAACUCUUAGCUUGUUUUGUUUUCUAACGCUUGAGUAAACACGACGCUUUUAGAAACUGGUCGGAAACUUCCAGAUUUCAUUAAAAUUGAAUGAAGAGUGAAAAAUGUAUAGCAAGUUGAAAACAUAACCGACUUACUUCAACAAGGAUAGUCUCGUACGGCGCGUUUUAAUUGUUUGAAUGAAAACGAAAGGUAAUGGGCGCGAGAGUGGUAAUUUUUUGGCCCUGACGACGACCAGAUUCUGGUGAAGAUGAAAAGAUGCUGUCCGUAAAUAAAGGUAAGAAAUCGCUAAGCAAGCUACGUCUUGACAAAUAAGACUUUCCUUCAUUGGCCAACGAUCAAUGAACAUCACCCACCCGUGUACUUUAGUUAGAUAAAAAGAUUUGAUUAGAGAGAACGUUUCUUCGUAUAAACCAACACUGUAGUUGCCGUCGAAGACCAGACCAAAUCCCACACUUGAAGCCAUUUUGUGGGCGGCAAGGAAUUAUUCACCACUAGAGAACAAGAAAGACAAAUCCACAGGUGUUCGUUCGCGUGAAGUGUUUACUGUAGCUAUUUUAUGAUUGAUGAGACGCCGCGUUUGUCGCUUGUUCGCACCACAACUGAUAACAGUUGCCGGAACGGUUGUCUGCAAUAUGGUUGGUUAGUAGUUACUGCCACUAACCAUCAUUUUGCCCUAAGUAAGCGAGUAACAAGUUGUUGUUAACGUUGGUUUAGGGGAGGGGUAGGUGGGCAUUUCCAAGGACCUUACACUCUUUGGCUGGAUCCAAGCAAACACCUGUAUAUCUAAUGCUUCAAUCCCAUCAAUAAAACUUCUACUCUAUCAUUCUGUAAAGACAAAAUGUUUGAAACCAAUACCCGUUUUCGAACUUGAACCAGCUUAUCGAGCUCCUAAAGCAUACACAAACUUUAAAGAUGAAGGUCGCCUGUGAAGUAAGCGCAGUGGCAAGAAAACUUUGACCACCAUCCAACGAAAGGCACCUCUGAAGGCAGACACUUUUAAGACAGUCCCUUCAAUUCGUUGUACUCUUCUUGAGCCUGCUUGGUAGAUGGUCGGAAUUUGAAUACGAGGGCACGUGAAUGUGAAGGAAAGGAGUCCGCCCUCCCAUUUCGCGCGCCCUUCUCUCAAGCGCCAUAUUUCCGUUUUCCGUUUCGAACGCCUGCCUUUCACACAGUGCAUGAAUUAAGUGAAUUAUUCUUGGUGCAACCGAUUUAACAAGCAUUUGUGGCGGGAGGUAAUUGUUAUCAGCGAGACGAGUUUAUGGUUGUGUUGAAUGUCUUCAGUUGAUACUCGUGUUUGUUUGUUUGCUUUUCACUACACGUUAGAUAUCUUGGGCUUGCAAUACUGAAUAACAUGGAGGCGAAAGAUAUUGUAAAAUGGUCAAUCAUGGGAUUUCUGACUCUUUAUUUACUCACCGGACUAUCGUUGAUCAUCUUUGCUGUUACAGUACCCACGCCAUUUGGAGACUACCUCACAAUGAAAGGAGCUGCCUUUCCAAUCAGCUACGUAAUAAGAAUCAUUUUCUUACUCCUUAUCCUGGUUAUAACAGCACUAUGCUUCUAUGCUGUGGCGAAGGAAAACAAUCAACUUUUAACAGUGUUCGCGGUUUUGCUGAUAAUACUAUUCCUGGUUGAAUUUAUAAUAGCAAUUAUUUAUUUCACCUUGACAAGUGAGAUUAAUUUAAAUGAAGACAAAUUUAGCAAUGGAAUGCAGAUGAUGGCGGCUUAUGGAAUGGACAAGAAAAUCACAGAAGCCUUCGAUCGAAUCCAGCGGACUUAUGCGUGCUGUGGACUAACUGAUUAUCGUGAUUGGUUCACUUCAAAAUGGGACGCAGCACAGGUUUGUUGCCUAGUCUAUUCGUCAACCUCGUUCCCAGGAACGAGGUUUCUGUUUUUUGUGUUGCUGUGUGCUUUUAAAAUAAACGAAGGAGUCAGUUAAUUCAAAAAAGCAAAACAACUGUGCUGUUGAGUCGGUGGGGUAUAGCCUGUGUACAGACGUCCCCUCCCCUCUCUCAGAUUUUCCUUGGGGGCGGGGGGGGGGGCGUUUGUUGACAGGCUAGUUAAUCUUUUUACGAGGGUAAAUGAUGACUUAAUUCACUCAGUUGGUAAGACACCUUUUUGUACCUAAAAAACGGUUGCAGUCCAGAAUGAGUACUGUCAAAAUUUAGUGGUUUGGUUGUUCGGCCCCGGUUUACGGACACCCGCUUAAUAAGGACUCCUUUGUCCCUGAGAUAAGAAAGCCCUUACAUAAUCUCUAAAUAGACCUUGUCACGGUUUUAUACGCCAUCUUGACGAGUAGGCAAACGUGUGAGAAAUAACAGUGUUUGUAUGCGAAUCUAAUGUCGAAUAAUUUCCGUAAAACAGCUGUUCUGAAAAAAAUAUCAUUUGUAAACUAAAGCUACAAAGCAAAGGGUUGUCCUAAAAAAUUUUGGAGGCGUACCUGUGCUUAAAUUUAUCCAGAGGCUUGCUUUAGAUUUUCCAUAUGUUUGUAAUUUUUCCGGGACUUUCCCAGAGACAAAUAUAUAGGAAAUUUAAAAAGUGGUGCUAGGUCUCCUAGUGCAUGCCCACAGUAAAAUCCUUAGGAGUAAAGCUUUAGUUUACAAAUCGUAUUUUUUUUUUCAGAACAGCUGUUCUACGGAAAUUUCUCAUACAAAUACUGUAAUUUCUCACGCGUUUGCCUACUCGUCAAGAUGGCGUCGAAAACCGUGACAAGGUCUAUUCAACCCGCUUAAUACGGACACUUUCUAUGGCCCCUUCAAUGUCUGUAUUAACGGGGUUUUACUGUAUUGAAAACGAAAUACAGUCAAACCCCGUUAAUACAGACAUUGAGGGGCCGUAGAAAGUGUCCGUAUUAAUGGGGUGUGUAGCCUCCCCGCAGACGUCCGUUGGGGGUCGGUUGUUGUCACGCAUUCAUUUCUCCCCCACGGACGUGGUCCGUGGGGGAGAAAUGAAUGCGUGACAACAACCGAACCCCAACGGACGUCUGCGGGGAGGCUAUGGGGUGUGCGCAUUAAGCGGGUUUAAUUUGGAGAAAAUGUAAGAGCUUUCUUUCCCAAAAUGACAAACAUGCAACUAGGAAAGGGUGAUUUCCUAAUGAUUUACGCAUCGCUGUUAGCUCUUUUAAAUCAAACGGCCAGCGAAAUUUAGUUGUCUGUGAGUACUUCUUAUAGGUUAGACUGGCAGAAAGGUUUACUUCCGUCUUUUGAAUUGUGAUAAAAACUUUUCACUCACCCAUGAUCUUUAAUUCAUUUUUUCAGGGCGUGGACAAUCGAGUUCCGACAUCGUGCUGUAAAUUUCCGUCACCAAAUUGCGGUCACGAUAUGAACACUAAAAACCCUAUUGACGUCAUAAACAUUCUAGGAUGCAGAAACCUUGCCGGUCUUAAUUAUUCAUAUGACAAUAGAAUGAAGGUUGUAGGGGGAGUAGGUCUUGCAAUCGGUUUUCUUCAUCUGUUCGCUUUAUUAUGUUGCAUCGUAUUUUGUUUCUGUUUCAACACCGUGAGGGGACUAAGUCCAGUAGAUGCCAUCAAAGGGGGGUCGCCCUUGGACAAGCCAAGCUCGGGGAGGCGUGGCUCCUCAGCACUAACCACUCCUAGGCCUAGUCGGCGACAUGCUCUGCAUGCUUCCAAGGAGAAACUACAUGAAGAUGAUGAAGAUGAUGACAUCCCUCCACACGCCUAUAAGGAUCUACGAGACAAAUCAAAAACGUGAAACAUUGGACAGUAGAAUCAUUUAUCAUGUCUAGUGAGAUCAAAGUGCCCUUGCGUUUAACUUAGUUAGGAGUCCAGUAAUGGACUCCUG